ACAUUUUCACAGCUUACUCUUCAGACUGACAGCAGCAAACGGAGUUAAGCACGAUAGAGCAAGCGAGGAAGAGAAAGAGGAUUGGAAACAAGGGAGGCAUCAGUGGAGAGGACAGGAGAGGAGACUAUACAGGAUUUGACCCUUUUUUUCUCUCGGGGAGCCAUAAUCUCCCCUGUACUCUUCUUGAACUGAACUUGCUCUGCACCUUGCUAUGGCAGCCCCGGUGGGACAUGGGAGCCCUGUCUCCCUCUCAUCUUCUUCCUCUCAUCCUUGGACUACCCUGCUCUGGGCUCUGUUGACCCUUUUAAGCCAAGUGUGGAGCUUUAACCUGGAUACAACUCACACACUACAUAAGUUGGGAGACCGUGGCACCUUUUUUGGUUUCUCUCUUGCACUUCACCAACAGCUUACUCCAGAUCCUCAGAGCUGGAUCCUUGUGGGGGCACCGCAGGCAGCAGGACAGGGCCUGUUGCGGGGCAGUCGGCCAGGAGCCUUGUUCAAGUGUCCAAUCACACCAGAGGAGUACGACUGUGAGAGGGUGGAUAUUGAUGGAGAAGUGAGUCUGGACAGAGAGAGCAAAGACAACCAGUGGCUGGGAGUCACUGUGAAGAGUCAGGGGAUCGGAGGGAAGGUGGUGACCUGCGCUCACCUGUAUGAACUCAGGCAGCGUGUAAAUCAACCUUCAGAGACUCGUGACCCCAUUGGACGCUGCUACGUCCUGAGUGAGGACCUGACAGAGCGAGAUGACCUGGACGGAGGGGAGUGGAAGUUCUGCGAGGGCCGGCCACAGGGACACGAGCAGUUUGGCUUCUGUCAGCAGGGCCUGUCUGUCAGUUUCACCCCAGACAACAACUUCAUUCUGUUUGGGGCUCCGGGAACAUACAACUGGAAAGGUGAGAUGCGCGUCCAGCUCCUAAACCAGACUCUGCUUGACCUUGGUUUCUAUGACGAUGGACCCUAUGAGGUGGCAGAUCAGAAACAACUUAAUGCUCUGCUCAUCCCUGUGCCCUACCACAGUUACCUGGGGUUUUCUGUGGACUCAGCGAUGGGGAUAAUGAGCCUCGGGGAGCUGACCUUCGUGGCAGGUGCUCCUCGGGCCAAUCACACGGGGGCAGUGGUGCUGCUGAGGAAGGACAACGUAUACCGGCUGGUGCCGCAGCACAUUUUCUGGGGGGAGGAGUUGGCGUCUUCAUUUGGGUACUCGGUAGCUACGACGGAUCUAAACAGGGACGGCUGGACAGAUCUGAUUGUUGGAGCUCCUAAUUUCUUUGACCGUAAGGCAGAGAUUGGUGGAGCUGUGUAUGUGUACCUAAACCCCUUUGGUCACUGGGACGAUCAGGCUCGGCCCAUCCGGCUCAAUGGGACCUACGACUCCAUGUUUGGAAUGACAGUCAGCAACAUCGGAGAUCUGGACCAGGAUGGCUACGGAGAUAUUGCUGUUGGGGCACCAUUUGAUGGAGAUGGCAAAGUCUUUAUCUACAGAGGCUCAGAUGCUGGAAUUGAAACAAAACCUGCUCAGGUGCUGGAUGGUCGUGACUUUGAUGUGAGACGUUUUGGAUACUCCAUCUCAGGUGGUUUGGAUAUUGAUAAUAACCAGUACCCAGAUAUUGCAGUGGGCUCUCUUAAUGAUUCAGUGGUUCUCUUCAGGUCUCAUCCAGUCAUCCAUGUGAUCAGAGAUAUAUCUAUCAACCCUCAAUACAUUGAUCUGGAGCAGUACAAUUGCAAGGGCAGAGAUGGCGUCUGCGUGGAGGUCAAGGCCUGCUUCACCUUCACAGCCCACCCAGAACACUACUCACCACACAUUACCCUGGUGGUGCACUUUGAAGCCGACACUGAGCGCAGGAAAUUGGGCCUCCCUCACCGUGUCAACUUCCUGGGCCGCAGUUCCCUGGAGCCAGAGUACACUCAGACAGAAGAAGUGGAGCUGCAUCGGCAGCGUCACCCUGUGUGCACCACUGCUCAGUUCCAGCUCCAUGAAAGCAUCCGUGACAAACUGCGCCCCAUCUCAUUGGCGAUAACCCACACUAUCAAGCCUGUGCCACCACGCAGACACUCAGGUGCCAAAAGGCUGGAGAAGCUGGCGCCUGUACUGAGUGUUUCCCCCUCCAAUACACUGCACUCUGAGGUGAACUUCCUGCGAGAAGGAUGUGGCAGCGACAAAAUCUGCCAGAGCAACUUGAAGCUGAGCUACCAGUUUGGAACGCGACCCCUGACCUCCGACCUCUUCAGCCCUCUGCCAAAAGAUGAGGAUGAUGUGCAGGUGUUCUCCCUGUCAGAACAGCGGUUGGUAGUGCUGGAGAUCACCGUCACCAACAUGCCUUCUGACCCCCUGCACCCUGAUGAGGAUGGCGAUGACGCCCAUGCUGCUCAGCUGCUAAUCUCCCUUCCAAACACUCUGUCGUAUGCCGGCUCCAGGAUCCCACCACAGAUGAGAUGUCAAGCGAACCAGAAUGGCUCCCAAGUUGAAUGUGACCUGGGAAACCCUGUGAAACGAGACACUAAGCUGAAAUUCUCCAUCAACUUGAGCACAUCUAACAUCACAAUCGAGACCACUGAGUUGACAGCAAAUCUCUUACUGACAACAAUCAGUGAGCAGCCUGACCUGGCACCAGUCACAGCUUUUGCUAAAGUUGUGAUAGAGCUCCCUCUGUCUGUCAGUGGGCUUGCUCGUCCUCACCAGCUGUUCUUCAGUGGGACAGUGAAGGGAGAGAGUGCCAUGACCAGUCUGGAGGACAUUGGCAGCCCUGUGGAUUUUGAGUUUGUGGUCGCUAAUCCUGGGCAAGCUCUGCAGACGCUCGGCUCGGCCUUCCUCAACAUCAUGUGGCCUUACGAGCUGGCCAAUGGGAAAUGGCUCCUGUAUCCUGCCAGCUUGAAGUUUGAGGGUCACCCAGACACACACUGCACCCCAAUAGGAGCACUUAAUCCUCUGCAGCUCCACAGCUCCUCAAGUGCCGAAUUUCCACAGCCUGUCAAUCAGAUGGCUGGGCGAACACGCCGCUCCCACCCAGAGGAGGAAGGUAAAGUGAUGACAAAAGGCAGCGUGGGACGAACUACCCCAGCCGUGGCAGCUUCAGAGAGACGCAAGUCGCUUAAACUGGAUUGUCUCUUGGGGUCGGCACGCUGUGUCCUGUUUCAGUGUCCCCUCCACAGCUUCUCUGGUCAGGCUGUCCUCAAGAUCCACGCCAGGCUGUGGAACAGCAGUUUCAUAGAAGAGUUUGCAGCAGUCAGUGCUCUGGAGCUGCUGGUUAGAGCCAACAUCACUGUGAAGUCUAACAUCAAACACCUGGUCCUCAAGGACGCGGCUGCACAGGUUCCAGUGAUGAUCUAUCCUGAGCCUGGUCUCGCUGAUCAGUACUGGAUCCCAUGGUGGAUCAUCCUUAUAGCCGUCCUGGCAGGCAUCCUGCUGCUGACUCUGCUGGUCUGCCUACUGUGGAAGUGUGGCUUCUUCCAACGGGCCCACUACAAAGACAAAUUGCCUCAGUACCACGCGGUGAAGAUUCCUCGCGAGGACCGGCCACAGUUCCAGACUGAGAAGUCAGGAGUUGUCCAUAAAAAGGAAUGGGCCACGCACUGGAGCGACGGGACAUCAUAACUCGCUUUGAAGCACUGACUGACUGAAUUAAUUCAAAUCACCAUGUGUGGCUCUCAUUCUGUCUUUGCAUUGGAACUAACGGACUAAAAUAAAGUGCACAUAGUCUGAGAUCAUUACAUCUUGUGCACACUGUGCUGUGUCAGUACUGGCAUAUUGGUGGCCUGUUACACUGAGACUGGAUCUAUAUUCUCCCAUGCUGAUGCCUGCUGAUGGCUGGCCUCAGAUGGUCUAUUUAUACUGUGCAUCUAUAUCAGUGUUUUACAGUAAAUACUGAAGGCCAGCAACAAUAUUAGAACCAGUCUAGCUGCUCAAUAUGUUUUACAGUCUGCAGAUGGAGCGCUGAUGCUCACAUGGACUUCACUGUCUGUCAUCAACUUUGGAGGACAGAAAAUUCUAAGACAUGCAUGAAUGCACAAACAUGCAGUGUAAUAUUAUACAGACACACUGGACAUUGAUGAAGCCACUGCCCGUGACAAAGACUACUUUUUGCCUUAACUACUGUAAGACGACUGAUAAGGGCAAUGAAAAAAUGCAUUUGUUUUUUAUAUAAAUAAUGUUUUGGGAUUUUCUUUUAGUUAGCACUGGUAAACAUUGGGAAAUGUCAGUAUGUAAGAUAUCAGUAAAGUAAGAUUGCAGAA